GACAAAAAUCGCACGUCUCUCUAGUCUCUACAUCUCUCUAGAAAUCUCUAUUAGGGCUUUUCAGGAUCUCCAAUCUCGCGAUCGAUUCUUCUUUCUUUUUUAUUGUCAGAAUAAUCUCGAAGCCAUGAUUUCGGAAUCGAACAGCAACGCUUCUGCGUCUGCAGCGCCCUGCGCGAGGGAUAUCGGCAAGAAGAAGAGGCCCAACAGGUCCGCAAAAUUGAAGCAGUGCAAGCUUGAUGCUCGUCGUGAGCAAUGGCUUUCCCAAGUUGCUGCGAAGAAUAAGGGGUGUAAGGAGGAGAUGAACGUCAACCAAAGAACUGGGAGUGAGAAACCUGAGGAAAGGGAGAGAUUCAACAGCCCAGCGGAGAAUUUAGAUAGGGGGCGUAGGGAAGGGGAUAAUGACAGAGCAUUCCAUCACGAGAGUUUUAUGGAGUCACCUUCCAAUAGCUCCAGCAGUAGUAUCCUAUCUGGCAGAGAUUCAAGCCCGAAUUUCAGUGGCAGCAGUAGCAGUGGAAGCGGUGGCUUUUGCUCUGGUAAUAUAACCGAGGAGGAGGAGGAAGGCGAUGACUGUUUGGAUGACUGGGAGGCUUUUGCUGAUGCUUUAGCUGCCAAUGACAAGCAUGAGAAAGAAAAUCCUCGAGAGUUGUGCAAAGAGCAUGGGACUGUCAGGCAAUCGGCUUCUCCGGGGCGUUCAGUUAGUGGCUUUGUUCCACACAAUGGUUCAGAUGGGGGUGUGAUGAAUGGAAAGCAAGAUUUCCGGAGAGCUAUAUCGAGGAUGCAAAAGAGCAAUCGGGCAUGGCGUCCAGAUGAUGACUUUCGGCCUCAGACCCUGCCUAAUUUAUCAAAGCAGCAUAGUUUCCCAGUCAUGGACUGCCAUUUCAGUUCCAUGGCCACACCAUCGUCAUGUCCCAUCUGCUACGAGGAUUUGGACUUAACAGACUCAAACUUUUUGCCAUGUCCAUGUGGAUUCAGGCUCUGCCUUUUCUGCCACAAGACAAUAUGUGAUGGGGAUGGGCGUUGUCCUGGUUGCAGAAAACCAUAUGAUCAGAGUGCAAUCAAGGCUGAGACUAAUGUCCAAGGAGGAGGUGGUCUGUCAAUUCGGUUGGCUCGUUCAUCUAGCAUGUUUUGCAGGUCUUAGAGAGGAGAAAUGCUUUUUUGUGAACCGUCUGUCCAUCCCCAUCUUCUUUAUCGCAUGUGUUGCAUUCUCCAUUAGUCUUAGACUCUGUUUCUCUAGUUUAGAUGUGGGUAUAGGAUUGUAUUUUGACACCCGUGAACUUGAGCUUUGUUCAUUCAAUGUCAUUGACUCUUCGUCUAUCUAAGCAUGUGGUGAUGUAGAGUGGAGUGGUGUGUGAGUACAUAAGAUGGUACAGAAAUUCAAAUACAUAAAGUUCCAAUAAGUUAUCUAUUGUCAAUGUCUCCGUGGACCUUUGCUCUUCUCUGUACUUUAUAUUUACGAGGUUGCAUUUUGUCUAACCUUUUCCGCUCUCCCUGUUUAA